CUUGAAACGACGCAUCACUUGCUCAUCAGGUCAGCUCCGGUGGAACCAAUCUCAAACAGCUGGCUGGUUGCCUCCACCUGAGGUGACGGUAUCACAGCUGCUAAUAUCUCCACGAUGAACAGGUUUCCACGUCCCCCACAAGCCGAACUAAUGUUGCUCACAGAAUUGAAGUCUUGCGCAAUCUUACUGGAUCCUCCCGUGACCACCACCUUGACAGGACCUUGAAGACGAUGAGAAGAGGUUGGGUUCUCUCCGGAACCUGAGGCAACAAGAACUCUGAAUUUGCACAGCUCAAGAGGAGCUUCCACAAGGCACACAAUCACCACAACAGAGGUUGUCUUCUCCGAAUAGAACAGUCUCUAUCGGACCGUACCAUCACCACAUCACGACCAUCGAAAGCAAGGCAACAUGCCGUUGGACACAUCCAUGUUCGAAACCAACACGGCAGCUCCCAUGGGCCUGGGUGACUUUCAAGCCCGUCAACGAGCCCUCAAGCAACAGGAGCGCAGGCGCAAGAGCGACUGUGCCGAGCAAAUGCGCAAGAUUCAAUUUGGUGGCUUGAAUCAAACUGACAUCCAACUUGCAGAGAUCAAGCGCGAGGCACGAAAGAGCCAGGCUGAUGCGGCCAAGUUUAUGCAUGAGAGUCUGAGCAAGGCGUCACAGGGCUGCGAUGCUCAAUUCUUGCGCGACAAGGCCAUCAAGGAAGAGGCACGUCAAAAACAGUUGGCGGCAAACAAGAUGCGACUCGGCUACAAGGGUGGCGUGAAUGAAGAUGACUUGAAACUGUCCGAGAUCAAAAAGGAGGAGCGAAUGAAAAAACAGGAAGUGGAGGAACUCAACCGAGGCUACAAAGGCGGUGUCCGAGAAGAGGAUCUCAAACUAACAGAGCUCAAGAAGGAAGAACGUCUCAAGAAGCAAGCUGCUGAAGAAAGCAACCGAGGAUACAAAGGCGGAGUCCGAGAAGAGGAUCUCAAGUUAGCGGAAAUUAAGCGUGAGGCUCGCAAGGCGGAACAAGAUGCGGCUCACUACAACCAUGAAUCACUGAGUAGGAACUCCCAGGCACUGGAUGCCCAGUUCCUCAGGGACAAGGCCAUGAAAGAAG